UAAACGUUUUCGAUCAACAAUCACGGUGUGUGCAUGUCUGUCGUUCUCGUUUCCGCAAAUAUUGUGUGCAAAGAAUUCGUUGUCUCUCUUUUUUUUCGGUUCUUCUUCUUUUUCUUGUUCAGUGUGCGUUCUUUUUCCAUGAAACGUGAAUUAAUCUAACGAAAACGGAGGAAAAACGUUCAUCACUUUGAAGUUGUGUGGUUUGGUGUUGCUGUCACUUUUUGUUGGUUGAUAUGGCGUUUAAGUGACGAAAAAUAAAAUAAAUUUAAUUGUUUUCUUCUUGGCUCCUGUUCGAACAAAAAUAAACACGUUUCAUCGGUAUUCGUAGCCCCAUAGUUGGCGGAAUCAAAUCACAACUACAACAAAAUCUUUCUUGGCCUCCAAAAUAGUCGGUUGCCAAUGGGAAAUUAAUUGAGCGCAAUUCUACGAACAACAGCAGCAGCAAAAGAAAAAAACACCAACAAAAACUCCGCACAUUCGAAUCGAAUACCAUAGACAAUUAAUUUUAAAAAAUUGUGUUUUAUUUUGUGUGGUUAUAUAAAAAAAAAUACAAAUAUAUAUACUUCAAAUCAAUAAGGAUCAACAAAUUUCUAUUGGAAGGUGCCGUGAGUUACUCACACAAUUGCACAAAGCCACAUAUACACAAUACAACGCACCAUAUUAACUUGCAAACAAAUCAACGUUUUCUUUUCCCAUCUUGUCAUUGAUAAAACAAAAAUCAUUAUUGUUUUAAGUGUUUCGCGUGAUAAUUUUUCAUUUUGUAUUUCAAUUCCGUUUAGUUCGUUUAUUUCUUGCUUCAGUUCAGCUUGCGUGAACUUCUGAUCUGAUCGACUUAAGUUUUUCGGUUCCGCAAUCAAUCGGUUUGUUUUUUGUUUUUGCUAGUGUUAAUUUGCUUGAUUGAAAGAAGUGGAAGUGUUAUUACCUUUGACAAACGUGUGAAUAGACAAAUUCGCACCAGAUAGUUUUGAUUGACUUCGACCCAUUAAAAGAACAACAGUCCGGUUACAUACAAAUACCAAAAAAAACCACACAAACCAGCUUGAAUCAACCAGCACAUCUAUUCCAUCGAGUGGCAGAAAGAUAUCGAACAAAUCAACUAGGUUCCUCAACCUGAAGAAUUGAUGGUCGUGUUGUCGGUGUUCAAAUCAUCACACGCAGAGUAGCUAGUACACAAAACUCAUGGCAAACUCAACUAUGGCCGCAUAUGAUAGGCAAUACUGAUUGCAUAUGAACUCACAUGAAACAUCACUCAAUGUUGUUGUCUUGUUGACCCAAAGGAUUACGCUCUAACUCAAAAUCUGAAUCAAAUGAAACCAAAACCAAAAACAAAAAUGCUUUAAAAAAAUAUGUAAAACCAAAUAAAGAAAAAAAAAACACACACACAAAACCAAAAUCAAAGCAAAAUAAUUUGUCAAAAUGUGAACAAAUGCAACGCGCCACCGAUUGCAUUUUAAUCGAACGAAUCGUACUUCACCCGAUCGCCCAACUCCGGAAUAGCAGCUGGUAUGUGAGCGAAUAAAAAGCCAACAGAUUCAAAAUGCACACUCGCGCGCACACACGCACAAACACGGCACAUUCAGCAAUCUUUGGGAUAGUUGCCCUCUGCCGACCAAAAUACCAACACGAAUGAAAUUACGAAAGCGGGCCACUGCCAACGUGAUGUGAUCGCCCGAUGAAAACAUAGCAAUGAUGAAGACACAGACUCAUUGGAAAUAAAACCACCGCAAAUGAUAAAUCGAUACGAUAAGCACAAAAAAUCGUCACGGGACUCAUCGUCACGGGAUAAAAAGCAUUCACGUGGCGAACAUCGGCACAAAGAUCGAACUCGUGAACGAUCCGAUCGUCAUUCAAGACAACAUCAUAGUACUCAAUCAAGUGGACGGCAUCAUCCUAACUUCGAUUCGUCGUACGAUAAAUAUCAUUUAUCGUCCAGAGAUUCAUCGCAUCAGAAACGCCGAAAGCGAUACAGCCCAGAGAAAACGGAUGGUGAACGUGAGUUGGAAGAUCUUCGAAGUAGACUAUUAAGCAAACGCAGUAAACAGGAUAUUGAACGAAAAAUUGAAGAACAUCAAAUGUACCAGCGAAAUGGCGAGGAAGAGAGAAAUCGACCGAGAGAUGAGCAACACCAACACAAAUCACAUUCAAAACGAAGUGUUAUUGAAGUAAUCGAUAGUCCAGAAGAUUAUGGAGACCUUGAUCCCAGUGAAAAGUACAAAUCGGUUAAAUAUAAUAAGACAACAGAAAAACCACCAGAAGAUCCGGAAACAAUAAAACGACGCGCAAAAUUUAUUGAUGCCGAUCGAGAAAUGACAAAACGAAAAGAAUUGGCACGAGAAGAGCUUGAGGCGCGUCGUGUAUCACGCCGCGAAAAGGGCAACAUUGAUGAAUCACCGCCAUCGUAUUCGCAUAAACAUCAUAAAUCACAUCGGCGACAUCGAUCACCUGGGGAACAUUCAGUUAUUCAGCUAUCAGAAAGCGAUGAUGAUGAUGAAGACGACGACGACGAUGACAAGAGCUCACAUUCGGAAAAGGAUGACGACGACGACGAUGACACGGAUUCGGAUUCCGGUACAAAUACAAAAUCAAAUUACUCUCGUAGUGAUGAUCAAUCAGAUGUUGAUGUACCAGCCAGUCCACUUUCUGUUGGAGAUCUAUCGAAGUCUGAACAUAGAAGGCGACACAGUCGAAGUCAAUCGAAAAGCCGUUCGAAAAGUCAUUCAAAAAGCCGUUCCACAUCACGUAGCCGAUCAAGGAGUCGCUCGAUCAGCCGUUCAACACGAUCACAUUCAAGGUCAACAUCACGUGAAUCCCGAUCUGACCGAAGACGUGAUAGUUCAAGGGACAGUGAACACGAUAAUGAUAAACAUUCACCAUACUCAAGGAAACGUAAUCGAAAGAAUUCAAAUGUGUCCGAAUCGGAAGAUGUGGAAAUGAAAUCUGUGGAAACGGCGGCCGAAACAAAACCAUCAACCGAAACAAAAGCAGAGACUUUACCCGAAAAGCAAGCAAUAGAAGAAGAAGAGCUACCAGAUUACUAUCCUGGUUUGCAAGGUUGCCGUUCGGUCGAAGAGUUUAAAUGCUUAAAUCGAAUUGCCGAAGGAACAUAUGGUAUUGUAUUUCGUGCUCAAGAUAAACGUACCAAUGAAAUUGUCGCAUUGAAACGCUUAAAAAUGGAAAAAGAAAAGGAUGGAUUUCCGAUAACGUCGUUGCGUGAAAUCAAUACAUUGCUUAAAGGUCAGCAUCCAAAUAUUGUGACGGUGCGUGAAAUUGUUGUGGGUAGUAAUAUAGAUAAAAUCUUCAUUGUUAUGGAUUAUGUGGAGCAUGAUUUUAAAACGCUCAUGGAAACAAUGCUAUCUCGUAAACAAAAAUUUAUGCCGGCCGAAGUGAAGUGCUUAACAAAACAAUUGCUACAGGCUGUCGCACAUUUGCACGACAAUUGGAUUUUGCAUCGAGAUUUAAAGACAUCGAAUUUACUGUUAUCACAUAAGGGUGUACUAAAAGUGGGCGAUUUUGGUUUGGCACGCGAAUAUGGAUCGCCAUUAAAAGCAUAUACAUCGGUUGUGGUCACACUUUGGUAUCGUGCACCAGAGCUUCUGCUCGGUGUCAAAGAGUAUUCAACACCGAUCGAUAUGUGGUCAGUUGGUUGUAUAUUCGCUGAAUUUCUAUCGAUGACACCAUUAUUCACGGGCCAAACAGAAAUAGAUCAACUUAAUAAAAUUUUCAAGGUAUUGGGCACACCAAAUGAAAAAGUGUGGCCGGGCUAUAAUCAAUUGCGUGCUGUACCAAAAUUUGCCGAAUAUCCUGUAUCAAAUUUACGUGAAAAAUUUGGUCGACACACGACUGAUCUUGGCAUUCAAAUGCUACAAGGCCUUUUAUCUUAUGAUCCAAAACAACGUUUCACCGCCGAUCAAGCAUUGCGUAACAAUUAUUUCAAAGAGCUGCCAUUACCAAUUGAUCCGGCAAUGUUGCCAACGUGGCCGGCAAAGAGUGAAUUAGGUCCCCGAAAAGCUUUGGCCGCAUCACCAAAACCACCAUCUGGCGGUAGUCAAUUUAAAAAUCUUCCAUCUGACAACUAUGAAAAUCGCGGCUUCAUUUUGGGGGCUGCAUUAGAUGCAAAGGCACGUCAUGCGAUGGCAAUGGGACCUGGAUUUAAUUUGAAAUUCUAAAACAAAACACUACAAUCAGAUCGAAUACGAAAUCAAUUCAAAAUUCGCAUUAAACACUCAAUAUCAUGAUAAUCUGCAGAAGAUAAAAAAUUCAUUGUGUAUAAAAUAAAGCAACAAAAACAACAAAAGAAAAAAAGUAUGGUAUCCAAAUACUUUUGUAAAUUUUGAAAUUAGUGUUUUACCAUUAGGCAAUAAGUUGUUAAUUCAAGAACAAGGAGAAGAAAAACAAGAAAAUUAUCUAGUGCUAUGAGAUAUGAAUUUAAGACAAAUCUAGGAAACAUGAGAAAACACCCUCUCUUCACAAACUGGCUACACCGGCAACACAUAUUUUAAGGAAUUCACUUUUGAAUCAAACAUCAAUCCAUUGAAAAAUGAUGAUUUUGCUUAUUGAGUCAGUCAGGCAACAUCUUGAACGCUUUGAUUUAUUUCACUGAUAUUUUUACCCUCUUUAUAUUUUUUUUUAAAUAAAAAAGAGAAGCGUACAAAACCACA